GCGAGGAGGCAUCUCGGCUCUCCGGCUCCAGCACCGCCAGCCACCAUCACCACCACCAGCACCACUCUUUCGUCCUCCUGUUCCCCCUUCCCCCCCGCUCCGAGUGAGUCUGGAGCCCCGGGCAUGGAAGGAGGUGGCAAGCCCAACUCGUCGUCCAACAGUCGGGACGAUGGCAACAGCGUCUUCCCCGUCAAGGCGUCCGCGACGGGAGCCGGGUCGGCGGUGGCUGCGGCGGCGGCCGACAAGCGCCUGGGGACCCCCCCGGGGGGCGGCGCGGCCGGGAAGCAACAAGCCAACUCCGUGUGCUUCAAGGUGGACGGCGGCGGCGGUGGAGGAGGAGGCGGCGAAGAAGCGGCGAGCGGCUUGGAGGACGCCGAGCCCCGGCGGCAGUACGGCUUCAUGCAGCGCCAGUUCACCUCCAUGCUCCAGCCGGGGGUCAACAAAUUCUCCCUUCGCAUGUUCGGCAGCCAGAAGGCGGUGGAGAAGGAGCAGGAAAGGGUUAAAACUGCAGGCUUCUGGAUUAUCCAUCCAUACAGUGAUUUCAGGUUUUAUUGGGAUUUAAUAAUGCUUAUAAUGAUGGUUGGAAACCUGGUCAUCAUUCCAGUUGGAAUCACAUUCUUUACAGAGCAAACCACAACACCAUGGAUUAUUUUCAAUGUGGCUUCAGACACGGUUUUCCUGUUGGACCUGAUCAUGAACUUUAGAACUGGGACUGUCAAUGAAGACAGUUCUGAAAUCAUCCUGGACCCUAAGGUCAUCAAGAUGAACUACUUAAAGAGCUGGUUCGUGGUGGACUUCAUCUCCUCCAUCCCAGUGGAUUAUAUCUUUCUUAUCGUAGAGAAAGGAAUGGAUUCCGAGGUUUACAAGACGGCCAGGGCACUUCGCAUCGUGAGGUUUACAAAAAUUCUCAGCCUCUUGCGUUUGUUACGACUAUCAAGGUUAAUUAGAUACAUCCAUCAGUGGGAAGAGAUAUUCCACAUGACAUACGACCUGGCCAGUGCAGUGGUGAGGAUCUUCAACCUCAUCGGCAUGAUGCUGCUGCUGUGUCACUGGGAUGGCUGUCUGCAGUUCCUGGUCCCGCUGCUUCAAGAUUUCCCGCCAGACUGCUGGGUGUCUCUCAAUAAGAUGGUUAACGACUCCUGGGGGAAGCAGUAUUCCUAUGCCCUCUUCAAAGCGAUGAGCCACAUGCUGUGCAUUGGGUACGGCGCCCAGGCCCCGGUCAGCAUGUCUGACCUGUGGAUCACCAUGCUCAGCAUGAUCGUCGGGGCCACCUGCUACGCCAUGUUCGUCGGCCAUGCCACCGCCUUAAUCCAGUCUUUAGAUUCUUCCAGGAGACAGUAUCAAGAGAAGUAUAAGCAAGUGGAGCAGUACAUGUCCUUCCACAAGCUGCCAGCUGACAUGCGCCAGAAGAUACACGAUUACUAUGAGCACAGGUACCAAGGGAAGAUCUUCGACGAAGAGAACAUUCUCAGUGAGCUCAACGAUCCGCUGAGGGAGGAGAUAGUCAACUUCAAUUGCCGAAAACUGGUGGCUACAAUGCCUCUUUUUGCAAACGCGGAUCCUAAUUUCGUGACGGCCAUGCUGAGCAAGUUAAGAUUUGAAGUGUUUCAACCAGGAGAUUAUAUCAUUCGAGAAGGAGCCGUGGGGAAGAAAAUGUAUUUCAUCCAGCAUGGGGUCGCUGGGGUCAUAACAAAAUCCAGUAAAGAAAUGAAGUUGACGGAUGGCUCAUACUUUGGAGAGAUUUGCUUGCUGACCAAGGGGCGGCGCACAGCCAGCGUUCGGGCUGAUACCUACUGCCGACUUUAUUCCCUGUCUGUGGACAAUUUCAACGAGGUCCUGGAGGAGUACCCGAUGAUGAGGAGAGCCUUUGAGACCGUGGCCAUUGACCGACUGGACCGGAUAGGCAAGAAGAACUCCAUUCUCCUGCAGAAGUUCCAGAAGGAUCUGAACACCGGUGUCUUCAACAACCAGGAGAACGAGAUCCUGAAGCAGAUCGUGAAGCACGACCGGGAGAUGGUGCAGGCCAUGGCUCCGAUCAGCUACCCUCAAAUGACAGCGCUGAACUGCGCGCCGGGCGCCGCCACGCCGACCUCGCGCCUGAGGACGCAGUCCCCCCCGGUGCACCCCGCCGCCUCCAGCCUGGCCCCCGGGCCCGCGCCCUCGCCCAGCGCCGGCACGCAGACCCCGCCGGGCUCGGCCUCGGCCGUGCUGUCGCCGGGCUCGUACGCCGCGGCCGUGGGCAGCCCGCCCGUGCAGAGCCCGCUGGCCGCGCGGACCUUCCCGUUCGCCCCGCCCGCCGCCUCGCAGCUGCCGCCGCAGACCCCCGGCAGCCCCGCGCCCCGCAGCGACGUGCACAAGAGCACCCAGGCGCUGCACAACGCCAGCCUGACCCGGGAGGUGCGGCCUCUGUCCGCCUCGCAGCCCUCGCUGCCCCACGAGGUGUCCACGCUGGUGGCCAGGCCUCACCCCACCGUGGGCGAGUCGCUGGCUUGCAUCCCGCAGCCCGCCGCGGCCGUCCACGGCACGGGCCUGCAGGCGGCGGCCAGGGGCACUGUCCCCCAGAGGGUCACGCUCUUCAGACAGAUGUCGUCCGGGGCCAUACCCCCGAACCGAGGCGUACCCCCAGCGCCCCCUCCUCCGGCUGCGGCCCUGCACAGGGAGGCUCCGUCAGUCUUAAACUCAGACCCAGAGGCAGAAAAGCCACGUUUUGCUUCAAAUUUAUGAUCCCUGCUGUUUGUUCCAAGCGGAAAGAAACACACCUAUAAACUGAGGAUGUUCUCAGACCUUAUUUUAUUCUAUCUCCUGAUAGAUCCCUAUAGCCUACUAGAAAGAGAUAUUUUAGACAGCU